GCUCGACGGAAGGGUUGGAAACUGAUAAGCCUAGAACGAUGUCUGUUCAGAAACAAUACGGAAAGGAUACGGUGAUUUUUGCGACCAAAGAUGAUCAUGCCACACCCAGUACAGUAGUUUUACCGCCCUCGGAACCGGCGACAGGUCUUAUUACGCCCGAGGGUGAGAUCAAUUGGAAUUGUCCGUGUCUGGGUGGUAUGGCAACAGGCCCGUGCGGUGUUGAGUUCAGAGACGCAUUUUCAUGUUUUCACUAUAGUGAAGCGGAACCAAAAGGAUCAGACUGUUACGAUGCAUUUAAAACAAUGCAAGACUGUUUCGCCAAAUACCCCACCGUCUACAAUAAAACAACAGGCGAUGAUGGUGAAGAUGAGUUAGAUCUCGAUAUAGCAAGUAUGGCCAACGAUCAGGACAAUCAAACCGAUGCGGAUACAGCAAAUUUACUUGCCGAUGAAAAGUCCUCUUCCAGCAUGCCUCCAUCACUGUCGUCAAGAGAAAAUCCAUCGUCAGAUGGAAAAGUAGAUAAAGCGAAAUAGUUGUUCCCAAUUUUUAUUUUUCUCUUUAAUAUUGUACUUUUAAACAAAAAAAUAAUAUUAGUAACAAAGCGAAUGGUUAUUUUGAAUUGUUUCACAACAAACAACAGACAUUUAGGAUAAAUGAAUAUUUUGUUAAAGACUUGCGUUAAAAGUUAGCAAAUAUAAAAGCACCAAUAUUUAAAAGAAGA